AUGGCGGCGCCCCAAAACGCCGGGGAGUUUGAAAACUGGCUGAACGAGCGGUUGGACUCGCUCGAAGUAGACAGAGAAGUUUACGGAGCAUAUAUACUCGGAGUGCUUCAGGAAGAGGAAAACGAUGAAGAGCAGAAGGACGCUCUUCAGGGCAUUCUGUCCGCUUUUCUGGAAAUAGACUCGCUCGAGGAGGUUUGCCAGCAGAUCUUCGAACAGUGGAUUGAGUGCAGCAGCUCUGCGGUGAAGAGUACUCCGGUAGACAAGGAAGUUCAGGCUAUUGCCAGUUUGAUAGAGAAGCAGGUACAGAUUGUGGUCAAACAGAAGGAGGUGUCCGAGGAAGCCAAGAAGAGGAAAGAGGCUCUACUGGCACAGUAUGCUCAUCUCACAGAUGAGGAGGAUGAAGAUGAUGAGGAAGAGCAAGCUGCAGUGUGUAUACCCAGUGACAAAUCCCUGUUCAAAAACACCAAUGUCAAGGAUGUUUUGAGCCGCUGCAAACAGCAGCGUGACCAGGCCAGAGAGGAUGCACAGAAGAAAGAGCAGGACAAGAUACAAAUAGAGAAAGACAAACUGGCCAAGCAGGAGCGCAAGGACAAAGAAAAGAAACGCAAACAGAAGGGAGAACGCAAGCGAUAAAGAGAAAAUAACAGAGCACGAAAACUUUGGUGGACUAUACAAUACCAAGGUCAUUUAUCUACAAGAGAAAAAUACAACGAGACCUCCCCAAACAAUGUCCCAACUAACAAUGUAUGCUUUAAUAUCCUGUUUUGGGUCUGGAAUUGCUUCUUGAAUGAUAAUGUUGGCCCUAUUUAGUAGUUUUCUUGGCUUGUAAAA